GAUCUCCAUUGGGAGAUGGGAGGCUAUAAAAGCCAUCCAGUGCAAUGUUAAAGAGUUGAUUAACGCAAUCAGCCCGUUGGCCGCUUGCUCAGGUGAGAUUGUUGGUGUGCCUUUCAGGAAGUCUGCUUGAACCCAAAAUCCUGGUCCAGGCCACGGUGGCAUGGACCUGUGCGUGACCAUCAAAGGCGUCUCCUUCCUCUUGCAAACAGGAAUGGGCAUCCUGGGGAACACCGUGGUGCUGCUGGCCUACGCCACUAUCCUCUACAGCGAGCGCAAACUCCUUCCCGUGGACAUGAUCCUGUGCCACCUGGCCUUUGCCAACCUCCUGCUCCUGCUGACCCGCUGCGUGCCCCAGACCAUGACGGUGUUCGGCCUCGUCGACCUGCUGGACAACGCGGGCUGCAAGGUGGUGAUUUACGGCUAUCGAAUUGGUCGGGCGCUGUCCGUGUGCAUCACCUGCAUGCUCAGCGUGUUCCAGGCGGUCACCAUCGCCCCCGCCGGGCCUCACUUGUCCAGGCUGAAGCCAGCACUUCCCACCCUGGUCCUCCCUACUUUUGCCGGACUGUGGUUGCUCAACAUGGCUAUAUGCAUCGCAGCUCCAUUUUUCUCUAUGGCGCCGCGCAACGGCACCGUCCCAGCCUUCACGCUCAACUUGGGUUUCUGCCACGUGGACUUCAGAGACAGCUUAUCCUACGUUAUCAACGGGGUAGCGGUGUCUGGAAGGGAUUUCGCCUUUGUGGCGUUGAUGUUAGGCUCUAGUGGUUACAUUCUGUUGCUUCUUCACCGCCACAGACGGCAGGUGAGAGGCAUCCGUCGCUCCCAUCCGGCUGAGACCCGAGCGGGCAAAACUGUGAUCACCUUGGUGGUCCUGUACGUCUUCUUUUUCGGCAUCGAUAAUGUGAUCUGGAUCUACAUGCUGACCGAGGCCAAGGUGUCUCCAGUGGUGGCGGACAUGAGGGUGUUCUUUUCCUCCUGUUAUGCAUUCCUCAGUCCGUACUUUAUCAUCUUCUCCAACAAGAAGGUCAAGAACAAGAUUAUGUGUGCCGCCGAGCAGGACAAGUUGGCGUCAACUGACACUCAAGAGUCACACGACAAAUGACUUUCUUUUAUGAUAGACUAUUAUGACCCAUCAACUGCUCUGUCUCUAAGCUUUACUGGCUUAGCUAUUAAGUGGGAACCCACAAUCUUAAACAAUUAGUUUAUUGCACCAUUUAUUCUGAUGUAUGUUGUAAAUAUUGUUUUUGGUCAGAGUUACGGCAUAAAGACAAAAUAAAACACAAAUCAAAUUUAGAUUUGUCUUCACUAACGUACUAACUGUAGUACGCAGAUGUUCAAUACCUGUAUUAAAAUAUUUCUAUGUCAGAAAUAAUAAAUA